CCUGCGGAGCACUCUUUUGUUCAGUAGCGCUCAGCUGCUGGAGAGGUGAGCACCACUCUGGUUGGCGCUCAUCCACUCAUCGCGGCUGCUGAUUUGACAAGUCCCCGAAAGACGCAAGGACACGUCUCCGCAUCCAGGCGCACUGCACACGAAACGACACAGACCCCGUCUCCCUGUCUGACAGCAAUUCCUCGGACUCGCGGGGCUUUUACGCGUGUCUUGGAUGGUUCAGCUUCCCUGACUGUGGCGCUACCACCUGCACUGUAUCACACAGACGCUCCUGUAAAGCUGCGGCAUCGCUCUACAUUCCUGUAGACGGGACCUGACUUGAUCUGAAAGGUGCAGCAGGAUGCAGGGCUUACUGCCUGUUUGUGGACCGCAGCUCCUGCUGGCCCUCCUUCUGCUUCAAACUGCGGUCUGGGGCUUAACCAGUGCAGAUACAGUGGUGAAUAUGCGGAAGGUUACCCAUCAGACCAUAAGUGAGGAGCUUUCUAAAACAGUUCUGCUCCCUUGCCUCUUCACCCUCCGCCCCAGUGCUGGUUCAUUCCACGAGCCGCCCAGAAUCAAGUGGACUAAGGUUUGGGGCCAAAGAGGCUCUGACGGCCUGCAAAAGGAACAGUCGGUCCUGGUGGCCAAAGACAAUGUGGUCAAGGUGAAGAAGGCCUUCCAGGGUCGUGUCACACUGCCUGGUUAUAAUAAGAACCGCUACAAUGCCAGUCUCGCUCUGACUGGGCUACGCUCUAGCGACUCUGGUCUAUAUCGGUGUGAGGUAGUGGUGGGCAUUAAUGAUGAGCAGGACACAGUUCCUCUGGAGGUCACAGGUGUGGUAUUCCACUACCGGGCCCCUCAUGACCGCUAUGCCCUGUCCUUUGCUGAUGCCAAGAGGGUGUGCAUCGAGAACUCAGCGGCCAUUGCAACACCUGGUCAGCUGCAGGCUACGUUUGCUGAUGGCUAUGACAACUGUGAUGCUGGCUGGCUUUCUGACCAGACUGUACGGUAUCCCAUCCAGUCACCACGGCCAGGUUGCUAUGGUGAUUGUGAGGACUCACCUGGAGUUCGUAACUACGGCAAUAGGUCCCCUGAUGAGCUGUUUGAUGUCUACUGUUUUGCUAAGCGUCUUCAAGGUGAGGUUUUUCACUCCACAGUGCCAGAGAAGCUGAGCCUUGCCACCGCCUCCACUCACUGCCAUUCCCUGGGAGCCCAGCUGGCUACUGUUGGGCAGCUCUUCCUCGCCUGGCAGGCUGGUCUUGACCAGUGUGAUCCCGGCUGGCUCGCUGAUGGCAGCGUUCGCUAUCCCAUCAACGUCCCGCGGAAGAACUGCGGCGGAGACGAGCCUGGGGUACGGACUGUCUACAACAACCCGAACCGGACUGGGUUUCCUGACACCUCAGCUCUGUUUGAUGCCUACUGCUACCGAGCCCACCAGCCAGCAGGGGUGCAGGCUGCGCAGCCACAGCCUUUGUAUCAGACACCUCACCUGGCAGCAGAGGCCAUGUCCUUAUUAAGUGAAGCCCAGGAUAGUGCCUCUAUUCCUAAGACUUCCACCUGGACUGGCCUUGUUGACUUAGAUGAAGUACGAGUCCCGUCCAUUGCUGGAAUCAACAACUCAUCUGAGCUCUCCGAAGAGCAUGUGAUCAUCCACUUAAGGCCUGAGGAGGGUUUGGAUGAAACUCAGGAUGGACCUGGAACGCCAGAGCCCAGCCAGAAUGAGUCACACAGCUUAAAUAACAGCAAUGCUUUGGGCGUUUCUGACCUUGAAACCUUCGAGAAGCAUGGAGGCUCUGCCCAUGAGGAAGAAGAUGGAAGCUACUUUGGAUCUGAGACUCCAACAUUAUCCUCAAUUUCUACUUCCACGCCCCAAGUUCAAACCAGUAAUAGUAUUCUGACUGACUUUGUUAACACUCUUAUGAGGCCUUUUAGAUACUGGACUCAGAGUGAGGAAGGUGAUGAUACAGAGAAAACAGCCAUGGUGCCAGAUGAAAACACAACAAAUAACCAAACACAGGGGGAAGCGCCCAGCAGGAACCCAAGUUUUCCAAAACCCAGUGGGAAAAAGGGCAGCAUAGAUAAUGCCAUUAUGGAGGACAGAAGUGGCACUUUUUCUUUCAGGAGUCCGGUGACUGAGCUGCAGAACUCAGAAGAAGGUCUUUCCAGUGAGGAGAAAGAGGUGAUGCCAUUGAUUCAGUUAGUACCUGCAGUCCAGAGCACAGAGGCAAGUGGUACGAGCAGCCCUCCAGGAGAGAGAACAACGAGCCCCAUCGCUGACCACACUCAAUCUGCUGUUAAAGAAAUCCCUGAAUCGGAUCCCACUGAGAGCUCACCAUCCAGUGAACAUGUCAACUUCUCCAGUCUUCAGGGUCUCAGGCAACAUCCUACCUUUGUUCCUGCUCCCAGCUCCCAGUUUCAGUGGGCCAUCAAAUCAAUGCGCAUUCCCAAACUAGGCCUUCCUAAAAAUGUGGGCUAUGUGGGUAAAAAACCCACCUGGGAGCCAAUGGAAGCCAAAGCAGGACCCAUUGAGAUGAUGACCCUGCCCACCUUCCUUCGACAGGACUACACAGAUAAUUAUUCAGGUGAAGGCAAAGAGCAGGAUACAGAGAAUGCCAAUACUCCAACUGCCAGAAGCGCAUCAGGAGAGGAGAAAGUGAUAGAGGGUAGUGGAGAAGGGAGCAACGUGCCGGAUGGAUUUGGAAUGAAAGACAACAAUUUGGACAGCAGUGGCAUCAAAGUGAUUACUGAGUCGAAAUCUUCACUCAGCCAGAGUGAUUUUGCCACUGUGGCUGAGCGCACAACUCUGUCCCACUGGCAGCUGGUGGAACAGCCCACCACCCCACCUCAGGUCUCCCAGGAAACAGAGUCAGCAGAGGAGGCUAGGGGCGAGAUCUUCUACAUUCACAGGCCUACUGACAAGCUCUCAUCUACCUCCUCACACAGCGGGGAAGUUAGUUCAAACUCCGGAUUCACCCCAGUUUAUAGAAAAGACAGUAAGGGUACAAGCACUGAUGAGGUGAUGAUUACCAGACAUGAGGCUUUGAUAGAGAUGCUGACAACUUCUGAAAUGACGACGGCAGAGCUUCUGGCCAGAGAUGCACAGACAGUGGAUCCUGCUACCACAGCAGCCACUAUAGAAAAUAGAUCUUAUACAGAGGAGCCAUCUAUUUCCAUUUCGUGGGCUCAGGAAGACAAGGAGAAAGCUACAAUGUUACCCAACAUGCAGGGCCUCUCAUCGACUCCUGCACCCGAAGGAGCAUCCACAACCACUUCUGGAGUCAUUCACUUGACUACUGCCGUAUCAGACAUCAAGGUUGCUGCUACAGAAAUGGAAUCCAGAUCUGCCGUUUCUGAGUCUUUUGUUGUGGGAAGCCAUUGGACGCCAUUCAAGGGCUUAAAGUCAGAGGAACAUAAAACCCCGCCAACAACAGAAGAUACUGGUACAAAGAAUCCUUUUGGCAUGCUUGUGCCCAGCUGGGAAUUUGGGCUCAACCCAUCAGUGGAGAGUAAUCCAUGCCAGACCAAUCCUUGCCUCCAUGGUGGAAGCUGCCUGCAGGAAGGGGAUGGUUACAGUUGCUACUGUCCUCAGGGGUUCUCUGGAGAGAGCUGUGAGAUCGACAUUGAUGACUGCCAGUCGAAUCCAUGUCAGAACGGAGGAACCUGCAUCGAUGAGAUCAACUCUUUUGUGUGUCUUUGUCUGCCCAGUUAUGGUGGCGCUACUUGCGAAAAAGGUCUAAGCCAUGACAACACCUGGAUUGGGCUAAAUGAUCGGACAGUAGAAGAUGAUUUUCAGUGGACUGACAAGAUGGACCUGCAAUAUGAGAACUGGCGUGAAAACCAGCCAGACAACUUCUUUGCUGGAGGAGAAGACUGCGUGGUGAUGAUUGCUCAUGAGAAUGGCAAAUGGAAUGACGUGCCCUGCAACUACAAUCUGCCCUACGUCUGCAAGAAGGGAACAGUGCUUUGCGGGGCCCCUCCAACUGUGGAUAACGCCUUCCUGAUUGGUCGGAAGCGUACCCACUAUGACAUCCACUCAGUAGCGCGUUACCAGUGCGCCGAUGGUUUCCUGCAGCGGCACGUGCCCACUGCUAAGUGUCGUGCUAACGGCAAGUGGGACCGACCUAAAAUCAUCUGCAUAAAAUCCCGGCGAGCUCACCGUUACCGGCGCCACCACCACAAGACCAGGAGAGAGCGCAGAAAGCACAAGAGGCACAGCCACAGAGAGGGAGGCCACCACGGCAGAGAGGGAGGCCAGGGUCACAACCACGCCCGCUUCUGAACCAAAAAAAACCAUCAUCCCCCCCCCUUUUUCUCCUCUGCUGCCAGCUGCAGUUUGCCUGUCUCCCUGUCGUCCCCAUUUCCCCAAACAGUUCGUCACAAUAACAGCCCAAAACUCUCUGACCAAGCCGCCUCCCUCCGGCCUUGUCCCGCACUGCAUUGUCCUACCCUUAGCUCUCCAAGUCAGCCUGUAUCAUAGUCAACUGCAUCAACAGGACAAUAAUAAAUCCCUUUGUACUCUUUUUACUUUCCUUUCUCGGUCCGACGUUCUGGUCAUACCCUCGCUGUCUCUUACCUACCUUCUUUCUUGACCCACUUACUCUCCCCUCGAGCUCAACGAUGACCUGAAACAUGGGGCUACGCUGACCUGUUUUUAAAAAAAAAAACAUCUUUGAGAGCCACACUGAACAUUCUUCAGAGAGAAGUUCCUAAAUAGGGAUUACAUCAUCGAAUUUGCUGUAUCAAAAUCAGACGAGUCAAGGAAGACAUUGUGUUGUUGACUUGAGCCUUUUGUCUGUUGAACACAUAGUUAUUUUUUACAAACACUCAGUGUUUAUUUCUUGACUCUGCUGCUUUUGGUUCGCUCUUUGUAAGGCACUGUACUUGACUUAAAGCGACGGCGAGUUGUUCCGAAACAGAUUUAAUUGAUUUUCUUUCAUUCAGAAGCAGUUGUAAUUGAAUUCUUUUAAUUGUUAGCGUUGUAUCUUCUUGUCAGUGUAAGACCAUUACUUUAGAUCAGAUGCUUGACCCCAGAGGAAAAUGGAAAUCGCAUCCCUUCCCAUUGCAGUUUCAGCACGUCGCAUCACACGUCAGUCACUUUUCAGAAGUGUUAAACAAAA